AUGCCCGGGUUUGCCCUUGAAGAACCCUUUCCCCUUGCUCGAUUCCAGAACUCGAUCGGAUCUGCUCAUUUGAGCAAGCAUUUCGUCGUCGGCCUUACCAAACUUGAAACAGCCGCGAUCCCAAGUGCUGAAAGUGAAGCUGAUAAUUUAGUUGAAUCCGAUCACAUUGCCAUUACUGUUCAAGGAGAGGGUGUUAAGCUUUACAGCACUAGCGACCAAAAGUGCUUAAAGUCAUGGACUACACCUCCUGGUAUUGUGUUUGCUGAACCUGCCACUCAUCGUGCAGGCGGCCGCGAUGCUGAUUCACUUGAUUACACAUAUGCCCUGGUCGCAGCUGGCCCUGACGUUACCAAGGAUGAAGAGAACAAAAUUGUGUGGAUGUGGAAAGAUACUCAUGGCGGAGAGGAUGGUGAUUCCUCCAAGAUCUCCAAAAAGUUUGAAACACGCAUUCAGUCUAUUCACAUCUCGCCUACUAUGACUUCUAAUGUUAUCCUCGUAAAUGAAAACGGCUCAAUCAACAUUUAUAGCAAGGAUUUGGAUCGUUUGACAGCAACCCACAAAGAAUCUAGCGAAGCUCGCGUUGUGUGGUCGAAUGUCUUCGUUACUUCAAGUGCUCAUGUCCGACCUUGCUGUAUUCCUAAUACCAUGGUACCUGCUCUCUCAACUGUUGUAAUGACCGUCAGCAAUAUAGAGGGGUCUGAUAUCUACACUGUACGCACAUAUUACAUGAACGAAGAGCGCCGAAGUGUGGAUUUGCUUGCAAAGAUUGAUAUGAAGCAUGCUGAGACACCUGUAGGCUUUACUUUUGAUUCUGUUGACGGAAGAAUGACAACCUUGGGAUCUGCUGGUACUUGGGCUGUGUGGCGCAUGUACAUGAAACAUGGUUCUGCAAACAAGAUUGCUGUACAUUUGACAAAGCAUUUAUCGGUCCAACUACAGGGCUAUCGCUUCUAUGACGAGACUCUUGGUGCAGUUUCUGCUGUUACCCCCCUCUCGGACAGCUAUGUAGCUAUGGUUGCAUCACGAAUUAAAAAGAAUGCUGAACCUGAGCACGUUGUUAGUGUUUGGGACGUAAAGUAUGGUACACUGCAAGCUGAACAAGUACUGAAAGUCACCGAGAAGAGUAUUUCUUCCAAGGAUAAGUGUGUUUACAAUAUCUCUGUGCUUUCCAACUCCCAUCUUGCAAUCACUAUAUCCACUGUUGAUAUUAAGACUUCUAAGAGCGGAAAGAGCCAAAAAUCUGUCACCAAUGCCAAAUCUGUGGUUAUGAUUUGCCCUUAUUACUGCGAGCCUAUGUCACUUAUGGCUGCCAUGGGAAAGAUGCGAUCUACUGUUGAGUUUCUCGGUGCCCAGCAGGAUACUGCUGGUCUGAUGAGAAGUGGCAUGGACGCUGUUGGCCAAUCAGUUUUCCCCAAUCGUCAAAAAGGAGAUGCAGAAUUUUACCGCAAAUGGGUGACAAAGCAAGAAAGUGUUCAGGCAGAAGAAGAUUUGGCAAUGAAGAGCAUUUUUGGAGAAGACUUGAACCAAGAUGAAUUUACAAAGGCCUUUAUGGCAUAUGUCUUCCCUGACCAAAUGGAGGAAGAUACUUUGAUUGAUACUAAGACCAUAUUAGCACAAACUAAGGCUUACAGAAAGAUUAUGGCACCUUACCUGGCUCGCGAUACUCGACCAAAAUCGGAAUCUCGUGAACUCUCCCAUCGUCUCGUCUCAAGUGUAGUCAACAAAUGUUUCUCUAAAGACGAGGAAUUCUGGCCUAUCAAAGUGAUUUUAUUCCUCUUAGCAAAGCGUCGUAUUCGUAGUCACCUUGUCAAGGGAGGAUUAAUCUCUGCUCUUAUUGAACGUAAAAAAUGGGCAUUAAUCCCUAUUGUAUUGGAACAAGUCAAGGAUAUCCCUGAAACUGACUUGGUCGUCUUGAUCAAGGCUUUGAUUAAGAACACUGAAGAAGAGCCAGCGAUCUGGAAACCCUUGUUUUCCAGAUACGUAAAGAUGAUUAUUGACUCGCCCCGUAACGACAUCUUUAUGCAGCAGGCACUUAAGCAACUCACACCUACUGAACUUCCUUUCAUACUUGAUCUCCUACUCAUUUGGCUGGAAAAAGAUUCUCAACCUUUAACAGAACAACAAGAAGCUAUCUAUGCUAGAAAUCCUGUCUCACUCGCAGUUGAAACACCUUUGCAUAACAAUACGCUUGAGAUUACCAGUGCAAUCUUAGACACUCAUUUCCCCACUGUCAUUCUCGAGACAUCAUUGUAUGAAACCGUUCAAAAACUCGCAGCUAUUGUAAAAGUAGAAGUUGAUCUUGCUGAUCAACUCGAACAGCUGCGCGGUGUACUGGGGCCAUUUACACGCAAACACAAACACAAGGCUGCACGUCGGGCUGAAAAGAAGGAUGAGAUUGAGGAUGAAUCUAUGGAUGAUGCUCUUGCUAGAAGCCGAAAGGCACAUAAGGGCGGAAGAUUUGGUGGAGAACAAGGAAUACCUGUUUAUAGAGUGGAAAGCUUCCGUUUUUAA